AUGAGCACGCCGGCGCCGCUCAGCGCCCUCGCCGACCCAAUGGCGCUGGCCCGCCUUCAGGUCCUCCUCGUUCCAGUGCAUCGCGACGGCGCCGAACCCCUCCUCGAGCCCGUGUACGAGCACUGGUCCCAGCUCUUCCGGAACCACCAUACACUGCGCGGUGACGAGAUCGUGCACGGAACCCAGGGAUCCCCGGCGCAUCGACGUGGGGUACCCGAGUCGCCGCGCAGCCGCUUCCUUCCAAGCGCACCAGGCUCGUCAAUCUCACGCGCGGCAGGCGCCAGUACCGUUCAGCUCGCGUUCCCCUCCCAGCCACCUUCAAAGCACCUGAACGCACUUAGUUUGCUGCGCAUGUCGGCAUUCCCUCUCGUCGUCAUCGGCAUUGGCGUUGACGACGCAAAUGGCUACUCUGUCGGUAACGAGACGCCCACGCAGGACAAGACGGCCGCGGCGCAAGCGUGGGCCCAGACGUUCACCCAGGUUCUCGCAGGCAUCAUGCCCCCGACAUCGGCGUUCCCUCUCGUCAAGCGCCUCGUACUCGUGCCCUCCCAGUUGUCAGCGGCCGACCCACGUUCUCCGGGGCGGGACACCCCCGGUGCGUCGUCACUGGGUACACAGCGGGCGUCGAUUACCCGAAGCGGAUCGCCCACCUUUAGUUUCAUCCGGCACGCGCCCUCGGAAGGUGGUGACAGCUGGGUCACCAAGCUGUUAGGAGAAGCUGUCGGCGAAGUGUAUGGCGAGCUCGGCGAACUGGUUGCAUCACUCGAGUCUCAGGCCGGCAUGAAGACGCUGUCGAGCACGCUCCUCCCGUCUCUUUGCGGCAUUCCGGAACAAGGGAACACAGCGACACCUCGCUCCUCCAUCCAGUCUCCGACGUCUGGGUCAGCGAGCCCGAGUCACAGUCGCCGAUCCUCCGGUAUGAUCAGGACCAACUCGAUGCCGGCGGUCCCGACAAUGACUAGACAUCCUUCCCGGACGCUCACGCCUGGCGGCCGUCCCAUCUCUGUCCAGGGGCCAUCUGCCCCUCCAAUCCAGUCAAGCACGAUCUCCCCCGCCGCACCUUCGCCGACGUCAGCGAACCUCUUCAAGCGCUCGUCGAUGCUCUCGUCCCCCUUCAACCGCGCAUCCUCUGCCGGUACUCCCGCUGCCAGCAAGGAGAACAAGGACUCGAUGAGCGUCACGCGCCUCACAUCGGCUCCCCUGACUGGUAUCGCUGGCGGUCGUCUGCUCAAGCUCCUCGGCGACAUGUACCUCCUCACCGGCAAGUACAACGACGCCAUCAUGUGCUACGACGAAGGUGCAGAGAAGUCGCGUGUCGUUGGGGACGUGCUGUGGGAAGCAUUGGCCCGCGAAGGACGAGCGGUCGCCGGUAUCGGCGAGGCUUGGGAAGGCCGAGACGGAUCUACACACUCUACUCCAUUCCCGUCAUCCCCGAUCCCGGUCGAGAUCUUGUCUCACUACCUCUCGGCGCUAGCAUGUCUGUCACGCGCCCCUCUGCCGUUCCCUCCCAGCUCGACGAUCCUGUCUCCAUCACCUCAGCGUGAUUCGUUGUCCCUCCCACCCCCUGUCGCACCAUCUCCAACCCAAGUUGGCACCGGAGAAGGGCUGCUCGCCUACCUCUACAGCGCGCUGUGUAUCCGCAUAAGCCACUUUGUCCUCACCAUUUUUGCCGCUGGCGGCUGGGGCUCCAUCGCUGUCUCGUCCCUCAUCGCCCACACCCUCCCCCGUUCCUUCCCGCCCCUGGUCGAGGAUGGCAACAUCCGGAGCCUUCGCACGCGUCAUUUAGCAUUGGCCCAGCUAGCCGCUGAGUCGCAAUUAACGCGCCACUCCAUUCUGGGACACGCGGAGGCUGGUGUCGCGUCGUUUCGAAAGGCGAUGACCAAGCCAGAGCAGCUCUCUGUGUUUGUGGAGGUCGUCCGCAUCGCACGGUGGCUCGAGAUGGGCCGCAAGGAGGCCGCCGCUACGAGAGAAGUCCUCAAGCUCGUAGCCGCGAUCGUCGUCGAGGGCCGCGAAGAACAUCGCCGGCUUCUGUCCCAAACUGUUGCGAGAGCACAGGGUGCCGAUUCGUCCAGAAUGGAUGGUGCGGCGGUGUACGGCUUGGGCGUGACGAUCCCUGCUGCGGUGGCUCGCCGAAAAGAGACGGCCGACGGUAACUGUGGUAUCGCCGAACUCGUUGAACGCAUCUGCGCCGUCCUCGGCGUCGAUGUCCUAUCAUUUGGCGACCCUCGCAAGGAGUACGAGGUCUCAAGGCCGAGAGAAAAUCGGGACGAGCCUCACUUUGGCUGGCCAGAGCUCCAAGUUGAGGUCAUCAAGGAAGCAAUCACCAUCGCCGAGUCGCUGCCAGAUCAGCUCAGCGUCGUCCGCCUCUGCCUCUCGGCGCUGCACUCGUUACAUCCGUAUCUCAACCAGUCGAACCAGACACAGCUGUCCAAACUCUACGUACAGGCGAUUGCCACUCUGCGAAGGCGCGCCAUAGAAAUGGGGCCACUUCCGUGGUGGAUUCCAGGCCGCAUGGUGCUCAGCGUAGAAAUUGCCAGCUUGACGCCUAACAAGGUGCCAUUCGAGCACACUCGUGCGGAGAUCGUGCCAACAGACAAGAAGAAGGGUGCCAAGGACCCGUUCCUAUACAAUCCUCGCCUGAAGGCUGUAGAGCAGGGCAAGACCGUGCUGGUUGCCAACGAGCAGGUGGACGUUUUCGUCACCCUCCGAAACCCGCUCGCGGUCGACUUGGAAAUCCAGGACUUGUCUCUCCUGACUUCGGGAUCGCCGUUCGUCACCAACCCCUUGCCCCUUGUGCUCCCAGCGUUGUCAGUCCAGACGGUCCGCGUUACUGGCAAUGCGCCUGUGCCCGGCGCACUCCAGGUUCGCGGCGUCAACAUCCGCCUCGCGGACGGCUCGUCGGCCGAGUUCCUCGUUCCCAUUGCGGACGUCUCAGGAAAGAAGAGUGGGAGCAAACGCCGCAGUGCCGCCCUCGCAGACCUCGCCAAGGUCAAGAGGCAAGGACUUGAGGCUCGGAGAUCGGUUACCCUGGGCACGGAUGCCAUUCCUGUCUCUGAGGAUGACAGGCAGUGGCUCGAGUGCACCGUAGUGGAGGAGCAACCUCUGCUGUGGAUCAAGAAGACGUCACUCAACCACGGCACCGUCAUGCUCUACGACGGUGAGACGUCGGUGAUCCGCAUCACUGUCGAGAACAGCUCGGCUGUGCCCGUCGACUUUGUCAAGCUCUCCUUCGAGGACUCGGUCACCCGUGAGGCACAAUACCUCCUCUCGGACGGGGAACAAACGCCGCAGAAAGCGUACGAACUAGACUACGACAUCUCCAAGCAGCCGGUGUUCACGUGGGACAACACCGCGCCCCUUUCUAUUCCUCCCGGCGGCCGAGCGACGCUCUCGGUUCAGGUGUUGGGCAAGGUUGGAUGUACGGACGGCACGAUUCACGUCAACUACGGCUUUGUGAACCGCGCCGAGUCGUCGGGCACGUUCUACUCGCGUCGACUGACGUAUCCUGUGCUCUUUACAGUGUACCGGACGCUGGAAUGUUUCGCGCUCGAUCUCGCCAGCAUGCGGAGCGACUCGCAGGCCGAGGCGCGCCAACGCUUAGCGAACGGGACCACGCCGAGGUCAACCAAGUUUGCAGCCUCCAGCGACGAGGAGCUUAAGCGUGCACUUGCCCGCGGCGACGACCGCAGCGUGCUCUUCUGCAUCAACUUGCGCAACGUCUUCAGCGUGCCGUUUGAGGUAGCGCUAGCAGCGGCCGAGAGUGAGAGUGGGUCGGUGGUGACGCGUCUCGUCCCGCCAGGCGCGACGGAACGGCUCGUCCUUCCGAUCCAACGACAGUCCCUCAGCGCUGAGCUGCGCGCACAACCGAUCCCAUCUGCAGGGCGGCAGUACGUCGUCGACAAGAAGAAGAAGACGGCCGACGAGCUCGCCCUCGAGCGCGAGACAUUCUGGUACCGUGAGCGCCUGCUCGAGAUGGUCAACGUCAGCUGGCGCGAGCCCAGCUCGCUCCGUGCUGGCCGCCUGUCGCUCCGCGAGCAGUCGCUCACAACCGUCCACCUCGACGCGCUGAGACUCAAUGAAGUAGCCGUCAGCCUCUCGGUCAUUCCACGCAACAACGACGGGCCUAGGGCCAUGGACUUUGUCGACCUCCACAUCACUGUCACAAACCACCUCGAACGCAGCCUGCGCCCGUAUGUCCGUCUCGAGGCCCUCCCGACCUCCUCGACCGAUACCUCGUGGUCUGUCCCCGCCCCGCCCCCGGCGCCCCGCCGCUUGAGCAGCUUACCUGCAACGCCGAUGCCGCUGCCCAAGACGGUCGCAUUCGACGGCGUGCUCGCCGCCACUCUGCCUUCUCUCGGGCCAGGUGACAGUGCGAGCCACACCGUCGGCGCAAUCCUCCUCGCCUCGGGCUCGUACACUUUCCGUGCUGCUGCCGAGGAAGUCUCUCAGGCAGUGGCGACUGCGCCUCCAAGCAUUUGCUUCUCCCCCUCGGUGACAGUUCACAUCCCCUAG